AAAUAUUCUGCAUUUAUUAAAAUUUCGUUUUCGUUUGUGAAUUAGUGCGCUCUGAUAAGUGCGAGACAACACAACAUUGUGGCGUUGAUCUGGAAAGAAUAUGAACGAGUUUUAAGUUAUGUAAAUAAAACAAAAAAAACUUAAAAUAUUUAUAUGUGAAAUAAAGAAACACUUUAUAUUUUUACGAAAAAAUUAUAGUCACACAAAGGAUACAAUAACAAAAUGUACUCGUUUUGGUAUACUUUUAUAAAAACGCUCGGUUGUGGCGCCGGAAAAAUGAAGAUGACACCAAGAAAUAUUAUCUUGAUCACCGGCUGUGAUUCAGGAUUAGGUCAUUCCUUGGCAUUGUAUUGUCAUACCUUAAAUAUGACUGUUAUAUCGGCCUGCCAUAACAUUAACUCCGAAGGUGCGCAUCUAUUACGAAAUCUUAAUGACCCCAAACGUAUGAUCACCAUCGAAGUGGACCUUCUCAAGCAGGAAACAAUUACACACGCUUUCCAAUAUGUUACCGACUUGUUGCGCGCCGACAGUGAAUACCAAUUCACAGCGCUGGUCAACAAUGCCGGCGUUAUGUGCUUUGGCGAAUUCGAGUGGCAAACAACAGCGCAAUUCGAAAUGCAAAUCAACGUAAAUGUAUUGGGCACAAUGCGUCUCACCAAGGAACUACUGCCGUUGGUGCGACAGCAUCGCGGACGUAUCAUCAACAUUACCAGCCAUUGUGGUCUACAGGCUCUUCCAGCAUUAAGUCCAUAUGCUGCUUCCAAGGCUGCUUUGCGCUUUUGGAACGAUUCACUGCGCAUGGAAAUGCGUCAAUAUGGUGUGGAGGUGAUCAAUUUCGUGCCUGGAUCCUUUGUGCAUUUGAGCAAUAUAUCGGCGAGGCAACAAGAUCAUGCGAAAGUUAUGCUAGAUGCAUUUAAUGAUGAGCAACGACAAUUAUACGGCGCCUACUUCAAGCAAUUCAACAAUUAUUUAACAGUUAUUUCAGGGUUUAAAGCACCAAAUCAAUUUCGUGACGACCGUUUGUUGGAAAAAUUCAAUGAUGCAUUAACGAACAGAGUUCCACGAGCAAUUUAUAUACAUGAACCAUGGCGUUAUAAAUUGUACCGUUUCCUUUUCUACAUUUGCCCCACGCCCAUAGUGGAUCGGCUAACAGUGAAAUUCUGCGCUAUGCCAACUUAUCAGCAAGUUAUGGAAACGAGCGAACAGUGCCAAAAAAAUUGAUUUCCAUCUUUAAUUUAUAUUUAAUAAAUGUUUACAUACAUAUUUCGCAAUAUUAGUUUUUUACUCGAUUACAUUACACAGUUUAAAUAAUA